CUCACGUCGGCGGGGCGGUGCGAGCCUCGCGCCGCCAACAUCCGUGCCGUGGUCGGCGAGCGACAGUCAGUUCGGCGCCGACAUCCAACGCGUACAGACGUCCACACAGUGACAUGGCCGCCGCCCACACGCACCCGGCCCCCGCACCCACCGACCGCCGUCCGGACGGUCGCGCCGGAUCCCGCCGUAUUUUCCCACCACAAUUCAAGUUACAAGUUCUCGAAGCGUACAGGCGCGACGCUCAGUGUCGUGGCAAUCAACGAGCAACAGCAAGAAAGUUCGGCAUACACCGCCGGCAGAUUCAAAAGUGGCUGCAGGCGGAACCGGCACUGCGGGCCACGCUCCUGAGAAGAGCGCCGCAGCCGGCACCCUCGCCGCCGCCGUACGCCGCGGGAUCGCCAGAAAGCGCCCGCCUACCAUCGCCGCCGCCUCCCGCAGUCGCGUUCACCACGCCAGUACCGCUCCCUACGCCAGUGCCAGUGUUGUCACCGAUCGUAGCACCGAUUGCUUUGCCACCGUCCGCCGCAGAGCCCAUCGACCUCUCGUUCAGGAGGCUCCCCUCGCCGCCUCCACCGGUGCCUACGUAUGCGCCGGAACCGCCUAAGAAGCCUUUCAAGCUGUUCCGACCGUAUCUGCUGGACGAUGAGGAGAAGAAACCGGCGGUGGCGUCGCUGCCGGUGAUGAGCGGCGUGCACGUGUCGGCGUUCGUACCUCUGCAGAGCGCGGCGCUUUGCGCGGGCUCACUGUCGCGCUGGUGCGCACCCGCCUUCGCCGCACCGCUCAGAUGAGACUUCGCCGCCGGGGCCGAGCCCCGCAGCUUCUGUGAUCUAGUCGCCGACGCCCGCCUGGCGCCGCCUGGGGCGUAGCCCUUUACCGACGUGCCUUAAUAUUCACGCCGCCAUAGUGCAUUACAUAUACCGUCGCCAUCGGACGACGGCCUAUUUUUGUGCAUAAGUUUAAGAAUAAGAUUGUAUUUUUAUAUGUGGGAUUUAUGAAACAGACCUACAUUUAUGAAGAUU